CGCCGCGCCAGGACGGGGCCACCCAAACCCCGGCCAGCCUACCUUUGAACCCAAGGCACAGGACCGGAGGUACGGCCCUCCCGGGGGACGAGCGGCCAAUCAGAAGCGAGAGCUGCAGCGUAAAGGGCGGAAGAGAAGCGGUUCAGUUCCGGCCGCGGCCGCCGCCGCCAUCUGUCACCUCGUUGCCUGUGCCCCGCCCGUGUCUUCGGCGGAGCCCGCUCCUCGGCCUGUCACCUCUCGGCUCCGUUCUCGUCUCUGCCUUCUUCUCGGAAUGGAUCUGGUCGGAGUGUCCUCGCCUGAGUCCGGGCCCGCGGCAGCCUGGGGACCCAGGAAGUGCCCGUGGGCUACCCCUCCAAACACAGCGUCCUGCUCACUGACCGAGGUGAUGAGCGAAGAGUUGGCCAAAGAGCUGCAGUUGAAAGAAGAAGCAGCUGCUUUCCCUGAAGUUGUUGUUGCCGAAGGACCAUUUAUUUCUGGAGAAAACAUUGACACUUCCAGCGACCUAAUGCUGGCUCAGAUGCUACAGAUGGAAUUUGACAGAGAAUAUGAUGCUCAGCUUAGGCGUGAAGAAAAAAAGUUCAAUGGGGAUAGCAAAGUUUCCAUUUCCUUUGAAAACUAUCGAAAAGUACAUCCUUUUGAAGACAGUGACAGCUCUGAAGAUGAGGUGGACUGGCAGGACACUCGUGACGAUCCCUACAGACCAGCAAAGCCAGUUCCUACUCCCAAAAAGGGUUUUAUUGGAAAAGGAAAAGACAUCACCACUAAGCAUGAUGAAGUAGUAUGUGGAAGAAAGAACACAGCAAGAAUGGAAAAUUUUGCACCAGGCUUUCAGGUAGGGGAUGGAAUUGGAAUGGAUUUAAAACUCUCCAACCACGUUUUCAAUGCUUUAAAACAACAUGCAUACUCAGAAGAGCGCCGAAGUGCCCGUCUGCAUGAGAAGAAGGAGCACUCUACCGCUGAAAAAGCAGUUGAUCCUAAGACACGCUUACUUAUGUAUAAAAUGGUCAACUCUGGAAUGUUGGAGACAAUCACUGGCUGUGUUAGUACAGGAAAGGAAUCUGUUGUCUUUCAUGCAUAUGGAGGGAGGUAAAUGAAAAACAAACAAAAACCAAAACCACGAUGUAAACCAACACCUUUCUCCUCAGGACUGAUGGAUUUACAGAUAGUCAAACUUAAUGCUGCAUGGCAAGUAGAGUCAUGCAGAAACCAUUGCUGCAGAAAGUUUAGACAUUACUUUUUAUUAUUUUGUACUUAAAAGGUUUCAAAUGCUAUGGAUGAAGUCUUUGCCUUUAGUUUUUUCUUAAUUAUCUUAACACCCAUAACAUACACACACACACACACACACACACACACA